UUUCCAGUUUGGGACUGUUUUUAAAGAAAUGACCAAACUUUAUUUCCAAGUGGUUGUACCACUUUAUAAUCCCAUUACAGAGCGUGGCAGUUCCUGCUGCUUCACACGUUUUCCAGGAAUUAGUGUCAGCUUUUCCGUUUUAGCCAUUCUGGUAAGUACACAGUGGCGUUGUAGUUAGUGCUUCCUUAAUGACACUGAUCAUUGCCAACCACUUGUUUUAGGGCCAAGUAUUUGUUUACACAUUUUUACCUAGCUUUAAUUUUGUUUAAAUAUCUUUACUCAUUGUCUUAUUUGGGAAAAUUAAAAUUCAUUUUGUUGUUGUUUUACUGCUUCUCCACAGGGGCUCUAUGUAUCACAGGCUAGGGCUCUCUGUGUAGUGCAGGCUAGGCCAAAACUUAGGAUCAGCCCCCAGAGUGUUGGGGUUACAGCUGUGACUCACUCUGACCAGCUAAUAAUGACACUCUUUGACCUGCACUGAGGAUCAAACCCAGGGUCUCCUGAAUGGUAGGUAAGUGCUGUGGGGUUUAUUAGUUACUCUGGUUUUGAGACAGGGUUUAUUUGUAUCCUAGGCUGGCCUUCAACUUACUGCGUGGGUCAGCUGACCUUGAACUCUCAGCAGUCUUCUGUAUUAGCCUCCUGCGUGUUGUUAGGGCUAUAGAUGUGUGCCAUCAUGUCUGGUAUGUAUUUAAAGAAUUGCAAAGGACAUUUCAUUCAUUCAUUUAUUUAUUUAUCUAUUUAUCUUUAUUUAGUGUGUGUGUGUGUGUGUGUGUGUGUGUGUGUGUGUGUGUGUAUGUUUGCUUUUUUUUUUAUUCAGUAUAUAAAUUCUACUUGUCUACCCUAGGAUCAAGUUUACAUGCAACCUACCACUGAAUUGCAUCAUCCCUCUUCAUACAGAUUAUUUACCAGAUACGACUUGUAAAUAUUUUCCCUAGAUGAUUAUCUUUUCAUUUUCUUAGAGUAUUUUUUUUUAAUUCCCUCACAACGGUCUUGGUGAUAAAGAACUAUUACUGCUCUUGCAGAGGACGUGAGUUCCCUUCCUAGCACCAUGUCAGGAGGCUCAUAAUGAAUUGCCUAUAACUCCACCUCCAAGGGAACACAUACAUAUGCGAGCGCGCACACACACACACACACACACACACACACACACACACACAUGCAUGCACACACGCACACACGCAAAUAAACAUUAAACAAGUCGUAUGCAAUUUUCAAGAUAAAUUUGUUUUCUUGUGUGUGUGUGUGUGUGCGAGUGUGCGCGCGUGUGCCGCAUGUGCUGUGCUGUGGAGACUAGAAGAGGAUGUUAGAUCUGUAGAGCUGGAGUUAAGGUGGUUGUGAAGCGUACAGGCAGUUUGAGCUGCCUAAUGGAGGUGCUGGGAACCAAACUUGGGAGCUGUGGAAGAGCAGUGAGUGCUGUUUAACUGACAGGCCGUCUUUCCAGCCCGACUUGGUGUUUUUAUUUGUUUGGUUUGGUCUUUUGAGACAGGGUCUCACUCUGUAGACAAGACUGGCAUCCAGUUCACAGAGAUCUGUCUGUCUCUGCCUUCCAAAUGCUGGGAUUAAAGGCGUGCACCACCAUGCUGGGCCCUUACCGCAUUUUUUUUUAAAGAGCAAAAGUUAAAGUCAAAUUUAUUUUUCCUAUUAUGAUUAUGCCUCCUGAAAAUGUUUUACAAUUUAUUAUUGUGAGUGUGAGUGCAUAGUGUGGGUGUGUACACACACUUGUCAUAGCAUGCACGAAGAGGUCAGAGGACGGCUUUAUAGAGCUGGGUCUCUCCUCCUACCUUUACAUGCAUUCCGGGAUCAAACUUAGUUUUCUUGUCUUAAGUGCCUUUAUUUACCUAGCUAUCUUGUCAGCCCUGAAAGUUUCUUUAAAACCGUGGACGAAUAAUGAAUUUUCCCAGUGUGAUUGUUGUCAGCUAGUGUGAUUUGGCGGUUUUCUUCAGUGUUUUGUGUUUAUAUCAAUUUGCUUUUGAAUAUUGAAUCAGCUUCCCACUCCUGGGAUAUACUGUAGGAUACCGCAUAUAUUCUUUUGUAAUGAUGGGUUCUUUGCUAAUUUUUCAGGACUUUUUGUUGUUGUUUCAUUUUGGUUUUGUUUUUUGAGAUAGGGUCUCACUAGGUAUAGUUGGCUGGCCUGGAACUUGCUGUGUAGACCAGGCAUGAGGGAUACUGGUUUGUGUUUCAGUGAAAUAGUUUAGAACUGCUAUUAUUGCUAUCAUUAUCAUUAUUAUUUAUUGUUAGUUUUGGUUUUCUGGAAGGCAUUGUACAGAACUAGUGUCGUGUGUUCCUUCGUUUGGUAAGAUGUGUAGGAUGGCCACGGAGCGCUGGAUUACUGCGUAUGUUUUGUUUCUGCAAGGAGUUAAGCAGAGCACGUAGCAGCAGGUUAGCCGUGAGUUUGCCCUGCCUGCAGCAGCCCCUGAGUCUCAGUGCCCAGAGUGCAGCCACCCUUUCAGUGAGUGGCUCUUUGGUGCCCUUCUCCAAGCUGUGCUCUGUAGAGUGCCAUGCUUUCAGUUCUCCGCUGUCCUUUGGUCACUGUUUGGUUUAUUCUCUCUGUUUUCUCUGUGGAUCAGGAGGAGCUGCUCUUCUUACUCGUUGGAGUCACGUGUCCAGUUCUGUGGCUCCUUCGUCCUGCGCUCUUCCUACUUGUGCUGCUCUUCCUCUGUCUUCUCUCCAGUCUUAUUCUUCUUUCCUCUGCUGUUUUGGGUCUAUGCUGUGACUGUUUCUGGUUUUCUAAAUUGGAAGCUAAGUUACUGGUUUUGAGUUCGAAAACUAUGUCUGACUCCUUCCCCUGUAUCUCUCUGAGGCAGGGUCUUACUAUGUAGCUCUGGGUAGGUGGGAACUCACUUUAUAGUCUAGAUGAUCCUCCAGCCUCAGCCUCCCAUGCACUGAGAGUAUAGAUAUGUAUUACCAUGCCUGGAUUGGAGAGUUUUCUUAGAUUCUUAAUUUUUGUAUACAUGUUUAGGCCUGUGCAUGCCUUGGUGCACAUGUGAAAGUCAGGACAGAUAGCCUGUGGUAGUCAGUUCUCUCCUUCCACCAUAUCAGGUCCCCGGGAUGGAAUUCAAGUCAAGGUUUGGUGGCUAGUUCCCUUAACUGCAAAGUCAUCAUGCUGGUCCUCCAUCUUCUCUUCUAAUGUUAUCUUUUAAUGCUUUAAAUUUCCCUCUAGAAGAGAUGUCGGCAAGAUGGCUGGGUUGCCUUUUACUCAUUCUCUCAAAAAAGGCAGUAGAGAACUGACUAUAUUCUCACAGCAGGGACUGACAGCAUGUUUGGAAAGGAGUAGAAACAACAGGACCCCUGGGGGACACAAAACUCAAAGCCACAAAGAGGAGGGGGCUGCUUCCUGUUUCUCCUAACUCAGACCAAGGCAACCUUACUAGGAGACCUCAGAGUCCCUAUUGUCUCUGUAGACAGACUUCCACAGCGCUCCCAGACCUGAGAUAUUCAGGGUGUGGUCUAGGGUUCAUAGGGCUGGCAUGCCACAGAGUUAAGAACUCAUGUUUUUGCACCCCCCACAUACUGUGCCUAAGUAUCUGUGGUGAUGGAGAGUCUGAACCUACCUGGGCAGCAUCCCACCCCGGAAACCAGCAGAUGGUCUGUGUCUCCUUUCUUGGGGACCUGCCAUUAUUCCAUCACACUUAUGGUCAGCUACAGCACCAUAUCCCCAGCUUCUGGAAAUAUAGACCUAACAGAAGUGUCAAGACUCUGGCUUCUAAACUGAUAUGGCACCAGGGAACAGAGUGGAACCUGACGUUAACCACAAGCCUGAAAUGCCUGUGAACAUUUGUGUACGACUUGAUACCCAAUCAGGUGGCAGCCUCACCCGGCCCCUGUGAGCCAGCUCCUUAGCUGCCAACCCACAGUGCCCCCAAGUAUGCAAACUCAGUCUGACAGCCCCACCCACUGGAGAGCCUGCCACACAGCCACCGGUCUGUCUCAGCAGUCUGCCAGAGCAACAGCUCUACUCCUGACAGCUGCACCCCACAGCUGCAUCACAGACCCCCACAAGCUAGACCAUCGACACAACCAAGUAUAUCACCAGUGAGCAUUGCAGCUGGAGAAGCUGCACCACUGUGCUCACUUGAAAUUUAAGCUAGCAAUAUGCCAGACUGACAGAGUACCUUCUAUCUACAGGAAAAAGUCUCUCUGUUUGGGGAAAAUGAACCCCCUUUAAAGUUGAAAAAAGCAGUCUCUCUCCUUGCUUCUUGUGUAAAGUCAUAGGCUGAAAGUGAAGGACUAGGAAAAGAUACUUAAUGCAGAUAGAGAGAAGCCUGUAAGAAAAUGAAGAUUGUUAUAUAAUGAUAUAAAGUUUCAAUUCAUUAUUGAUAAUGCAUGUAUCUAAUACAGAACUGCCCUAAUACAUAAAGCAAAUGUGACCAUGUCUGAAGGGAGGGAUGGAAUCUUACACAGUAAGGAUGUCAGUUUCCCAGGAGACAGAUUACUCCGGCGCAGACAGUGCAACUCCAGAGUUAAGCUGUAGAAUAGACCAAUUGGCCUGGCAUAGACAGAACAUUCUCCUCUCCACAGCGUGUGCCGCUCACCAGUGUAAACCAGGUAGCAGGCCACAAAACAGAUCUCAAAAUUAUCUCUUUUCUGAUCUCAAAACUAGAAACCAACGAGAGGAGCUGUGGAAAUUAUAAAAGUAAGUGAGAAUUAGACAGUAUGCCCCUGAAGAACUAGUGGGUUAAUGAAGAAACUAAAAGGGGAAUGUUGAAAAUUUCUUGAGAUAUAUGAAAAUAGAAAUAUAGUAUUCAAAAAAUAUGUGGGUACAACAAGAGGAGUUUUAUGAUGUUUGCCACCACAAAUGCCUUAAAUCACCAGGGCAGAAAGGUUUCAAAUUAGCAUUGCAUGGCAGGAACUAGGGAAGUCGGAACUAAUCAAGGCCUGGUGACUCAGCUGCUGUCCCAGGAGCAGGCCCCAGAACCCACGUUAAAAAGCACAGUAACAGAACCAAGAAAAUCAGUGUGGUGGGUUUGCAAAGCCGGGUGAGAUGGGAGGUGGACACUGCUUAGAAGAUUGUAGGGCUGCUUUCUCAGGUAUUCGUCAAAGCAACAGGAACAAGAGAAACCUUGUUCUAUCCCUCGAUGGGAUAGAAGAUGCAAAUAAAUGCUGUCCCCUGCCCCUGACAUGUGAACUGUGGACCAUACACACAUGCACGGUCAGUCAGUCAAUAUAGCCUUAAAAGAACUAAUCGGCCAGGUGCUUGGAAAACAGAGGCAGGUGGAUCUCUAGAUUCAAGGUCAGCCCGGUCUACAUAGCAAGUUCCAGCCAGCCAGGGAUACUAGUAAGACCCUGUCUCACAGCAAUGCAGAAAGAACUAACAAGUCCCACAUUAGUAGGAAGAAAGAAUAAAGGUCUGGUUGAAAUAAAUGAACUGAGAAAAAUUUAAUGCUAAACAUCACCGAAACAAAGUUUGGUUUUAUAGGGAAGCAUGAUUAGCACUGAGGAAAAAGCCCAGGAAAGAUUAAGUCAGUGAGAAGAAGAGAGACAGUGUCACUGACACCACAGAAGUAAUAUGAGUAGCUAUAUGCUAACACACUAGAAAAUGGGUAAAGUCUAGAUGCAGAGUACUUUACAAACAUGAAACAUGAAUAAAAAACCUAAGCAAACUAGCAAGAACAGUCUCAAAUUUUCCAGAGUUAAAGGAAGGAAAUUCUUCCGAGUUCAUUGUGUGAGACCAGCAUUCACCACAAACCACUGAAUGAAGGACUAAUGACUGUGCGUGUGAACAUGUUAGCAAGUCAAGCCAGCCAAAAGGACUGCAUUUACCUACAUGGCAGCACCGUUCCCACCGCCGCCUAGUCCCAGAUUUGUCCUCCGAGGCACUCAGUCAGCUGUGAACACGCUGCACUUCUGCCCAGCACCCGGUGCUGCAGAGAACCCACUCCUUUUCUCGGGGUCUCAGAAUGGCCUAGUGCACAUCUGGAGCCUACAGACAAGAAGAAUAGUUGCCACUCUAAACGGCCACGGGGGCCAGGGUGUAACCUGGCUGAAGACACUGCCGCAGGGACAGCAGCUCCUCAGCCAGGGCCGGGACCCGCGGCUGUGCCUGUGGGACCUGGCAGAGGGCAGGAACACCGUCAUGGACUCAGUUCAGCUGGACAGUGUGGGCUUCUGCAAGAGUUCCAUCUUGGUCAGGGGACAGCUCUGCUGGAUGCUUGCUGUGCCAGGGAAGGGCAGCGACGAGGUUCAGAUUCUGGAGAUGCCAUCCAAGACGUCAGUGUGCACCCUGAAGCCGGAGGCAGAUGCCAAGCCAGGCAUGCCCAUGUGCCUGGGGCUGUGGCAGACUAACUCCAGUCUCCGCCCCCUCCUUCUGGCUGGCUAUGAGGAUGGAUCGGUAACCCUGUGGGACGUCUCAGAGCGGAAGGUGUGCAGCCAAAUCACCUGCCAUGAAGAGCCUGUCAUGGGCCUUGACUUCGACUCUCAGAAGGCCAAGGGCGUCUCAGGCUCGGCCGGGAAGGUACUGGCUGUCUGGAGUCUGGACGAUCAGCAGUCCCUGCAGGUGAAGAAGACCCAUGAGCUCAUCAAUCCUGGAAUUGCCGAGGUCACCCUCCGUCCAGAUCACAGGCUCUUCGCCACAGCAGGCUGGGACCACCGCAUCCGUGUGUUUCACUGGAGGACAAUUAAGCCACUGGCUGUCCUGGCUUUCCACAGCGCUCCUGUGCACUGCGUGGCCUUUGCCGCUGAUGGUUUGCUUGCUGCAGGGUCCAAGGACCAGCGAAUCAGCGUCUGGUCACUCUACCCUUGCCCAUGACUUAGCUGUGGGGCACUGCUGUCUUACUCCAGUCUUGACCCAGCACAGUGGAAGCUCUUCAGAUCCCUCCAAGGACAACAAACUGUGGCCAAAGGUCUGUGAGAUCCACUUUCUCUGUGAGGGUCCCUGUUCCUUUUGUGACUGUCAUUCAGAUGAUAGACCCCUGGCACCUAUCCCUUGGUAACAGGCAUAGCUUACACCUGGUAGGACCAGACUAAAGAUAUUUGACAAUAAAUUUCCCAUUGCCUACCUGAAGCCUUAAGGUGGGAACUUUCCACGAAGACAUCCCUGUGCUCUCCCCUCAGAGUCAGAGCAUUCAGAUUGUCCGCUGACCAGCCUUCCUUGUGAGCUGUAGUUCUGGGUGCAGGUUCUCAGUGCUUGUCCUUGGGAGGCUGUCAGUUCCACAGUCUGCUACACCUCUGGCACAUUGCCCCAGACAUGUUCAGAGACUCUUGACAUCCAGGGCUGAGGUCAGCAUGAGGAACGGAUAAAACUGGGCUCCCUAAAGAGGGAGGCAGAAAAGAGUUAAUAAUGGGGUGACCAAGGUGGUCAGGGAAGGAGAACUUACAGAACACAGUAUAAGGCCAAAUAGAAGACCAGGAAAGGAGGCUCUAGCCCCUGAUAGGAUAAGGUAAAGGGAUAGCCUGUCUCCUAGUGAACCUGUGGGUAGCAAGGGAAAGUGCCCAUGACAGGCCACAAGCCAGCCCCUCUGUAGUGCCCAGGGCACAAGCACAGCCAUGUGGUGUAUGGAGUAACAAGGCCUUGAGAGUCAGGAGUGAGCAUAGCAUAUGGCUGACAGGUGAGCAGCCUCCGAGGUAGUGUUGACUGGGGGCUGGGGGUGGGGUUCCGUAUAGGUGAGGAGGAUGCAGCUAAGGAGUGUAGACCUCCGACCUUUCUCCUCCCAUCAUUGCCAGAAAGAAUCCUGUGCCCCAAAGUCCUGGCAUGCCCCCAAGCGCUGCCCUGCCAGGCACUGCUGACCUUAGAAUCCCAGCUGCCCUUUGGCCUCCAGUCUGUAGCUAAACACUCCACAUAGCCUGCUGAGGCUGAUGUGGCUGUUAAAAGUGUCACACUACCACACUUCAGCCUGGUGUCCCCAAGCUGGGGAGCACACGUGGGAGGCCAGGAAAGGAGUGUGUGGUGCAGGUGAAGUGCUAUCCGUGGCAGGGCCCAAGGAAGCUAGUUGGAUUGGAGGUAAGUUAGUUAGACACAGUCCAAAAGGUGAGAAGCCAGGCAGGAGGAGGAAUCCAGGGGUGGGAAGAUGGGAAUGUGGCUGGUUAUGGGUGGGUCAGGAGGAUGUGCCUUCGCCCCAUACUGAGAGGCAGUUGCCAGGGGGAGCCCAGAAUCCUCAGAGGGCUUCCUGUUUGCUCCUCUCUGCACACCUGUGAAGGAUAUAACCUGGUGGUAAGCUCAUGCACACAGGAGGUCCUGGCUCCCGCUAAGGCCCUGGGACAUUACCAUAACAGCACAGCCUCCAGCUUGGACUCUCUAAAUGGAGUGGUGAUCAUUAGCUGCCACGUGGUGGGAACGCUCGGAACAGGCUAUGAAUUGGGAGCCACCCUCAGCAGAACCUGACCGGUGGAGCUCUGUAACAGGCUGGCUUUCCUGGAGUCUCUAGAAAUGGCAUGGACCAACUUAGUCUACAUGGGCAGAAGCAUGUAGACCUAGUGAGCAGGCUGACCCAGGUCAUAGGCAUAGUCUUCUUCACUCCCUUUGAAGGAAGUACCAGCCAGAUACUGCUCAUCCUUCUCCCAGACUCCCUCAGGGGGCCUGCCACCUAUCUUAUUACCCUGGGGUGGGGGUGGAGGGCAUGGGUAGGUUGGUUGCAGGGAAAUCGGUGAGUCCAUCUAUGAGUGGGAAAGAUAACCCAGUUCUUGUCUGUUCCCAAACCCUGCUGUGAUACCCAGGCAGCACAGAGCAAUGCUGCCCUGUGGAAUGCUCCAGUUGUCUUUUACCAGUGCUUUUGGAGAUGACCUCAAGCCUGUAUAGAUCAAUAUGGCUGCUUCAGAAAGCCUCAUCUCACACAAGUUCUGCCAAAUCUUACCCACCCCUUCACUGGGAGGUGGUCACCAGUGCGCACCUGUCCAUAGGUUUUCUCGGCUACUCCUGUACAUGAAUGGUGUGUAGCCAUUUCCUCCAAAGCGGAGCAGCCUUUCCUCCCUCAAAGGGAGGAGGCUUAUAAGACUCAGUUCUGAGGCUCUCAGGGCCCUUGCCCAGAGUUACAAAGGCAGUAGCAAUUGCUGGGGAGAGAACACUCCCCAGUGGACUUCCUGUAAGCUAGGCCAGGAGCUCCAGGGAAACAGCUUCUGUAAGAGAUCCCCAGGACUAGCCUGGGUGAUCUCAGCUCCCUUGGAGCCACCUAUGCUCCCUAAAGUUACCCCAAUAAAGUCAUUGGUUCACGAAA